CCUACAUAUGAACACAUGAUUUGUCAUUGCCUAUGUAUUGCAUACAAAAGCAUCUACGUUUAUCAAUUUGAUUAAUAUGUCCUUUAAUCAUGGCUAGACUCGAGCAAACCAACACCAACACCAACCAGCUAGAGUUUAAAUUAAAUUUCGGGGCGUUCCAUUAGUCCGUGAACGCAGCACAGGCGCGCUCUGGUGGCGCUUGUGCUCCUACCACAGCCAACAGAUGGGAUGGAAACACAGAGAACACAGCAACAGGUUGGACUUAAUAACAUUUCUGCAAAUUAGUUUGACACUUGAGUUCACUUUAAAGUCUGGGGAGAGAAUAAAUACCCGGGCAUGAGCAGGCUUAGUUGAGGAGGGGAAAACACCGUGUUGUGGAAGAAUUUAAAGUUACUUAGCUUUUUUUCUUUCUUUAAAAAAAUUCGUGGAGUAAAGCAUCCUCAAGCGUCCAGGCACCCGUCACAAGUGAUUCUUUCUUUUGACGCAACACUUUGAACUCACUUUUUGUAACUUGGAUGCUUGAAUGGACCGGACAGCAGCCUAGAGCAGUCCAUUUUUACAUCACACUUAUUUUGAUUAAUUAAUCCCCACAGGGUUUACAAACUGAAGUAAACCUGAUGCUUGGGGUUCUAAGGAUGUUUCCUACGGCUCUUCUGAUUGCAACGCUCGGCGUUUUUACGCAUUUGGACACUUUUACGCACGGGUGCCAGCUUCCCUCCGAGUGGCGGCCCCUGAGCGAGGGAUGCCGGGCGGAGUUGGCGGAGAUCAUCGUGUACGCCCGGGUGCUGGCGAUCCACCGGGAGCCCCUGGGCGGUGGGGCGGGCAGCUUGUACAACUCGCUGCCCUUCGGCUUCGGUUAUGGGUACGAGGGCGCGGAGGAAGGACUGCUUUAUUCCGCGGAGGUAGAGAUGCUGUGCGAUCAGGCCUGGGGCAGCAUGCUGGAGGUGCCCACUGGGUCAAGGCUCAACCUGACCGGACUUGGGUACCUAUCCUGUCAGUCUCACACCGUGAUGGAAAACUACUCCUACUUCUUUUUCCUCAGGAUGGAUGAGAACUACAACAUCCUCCCCCAUGGAGUCAACUUCCAGGAUGCGAUCUUCCCCGACACGUCAGAGAACAGACGGACGUUCUCCAGCCUCUUCCAGUUCUCCAACUGCACCCAAGGGAGCCAACCUUUCCACACCUUCAGCCCAGAGUGGGACACGCAGGAGGACAGCAGGCUGCUGUGCUCCUCGGUGCAGGGCGCACUGUUCGACGAGGAGGAGCGGGGCCGCAAGCUGCAGGAGCGCCUGGCCGGGGCGGAGAGGAGGAACCGGCAGCUGAAGGAGCGCGUUCGUAAAGUGAAGCGCUCCCUGCGGAACGCUCGCAAGGCCGCUCGAAAGGCCGAGCAGGAGGUGCAGGAGCUGCAGGAGAAGCUGAAGGCUGCAGAGCGGAGGGCGGGGCACCACCUCAACGCAAUAACACAGGAUGAACUUCCAGGGGGCCGAUACGCAAGCACAGCGAUACGUCCACGGAUCCAACUUUAAGUGGUCCAAUCCAACCUUUUCCUCAAACUGAAACACACCUGGACUGGAAACGGGCCGUGGAGAGGGAGAGGCUGCUGGGCGGUCUUUGAGACAGGGACAAUAAAUUAGCAACUUUAACAACACACUCUUAAAGUUAUAAUUCUGGUAAAUAAACUUUUCUUUAUCUUGUGUAUGCCAAAUUACCAAAAUAUGAAAGUGAUGAUCUGUCAGGGUCAUUCCCCGUUAUCUUAAAUCUCACACCCUGUGAUCACACAGACAGUGUUUUUGCCAAUAGUAGAGCAACGAUAACAUCAGAAACAGCAGGAGCUCAUUGGAGGAGUGACACCUUACUCUGUUAACCGUUGAUCUGUGUGGUUUUCCUCCCCCGCAGUAAUACUAGUUAAUGUUUCAAAACAAACUUUGACUAAAGAAGGUCAUGUAUAGGUCUGAGAAUGUAUUUAAAAGGCUAAACCUCCUGUGGCUCUAAUGGGAUUUUAUUGACUUUGCUUGGGACAAGUCCUCUUAAAACAGUGUCACUCACUGGGGAAAUAAUGUUUCAAAUAGUCAGUGUUCACCAGGUGUGCUGUAGAGUGUUGCAUUAUGUAAAGUGAAGGACCCAUUGUCCGAAUAUUCCAGCCAUCCAAAAAAUCUGGCUCUGACUGGGUGUUAAAAUGUUGAAUCAUUGGAAAAUCUAUUUAAAUGUUAGUAUUUUUUGUUUGUAUAGUCCAAACAGAUUUCAAAAAACCUAAAAUGUGAAUUGUCUUAGCCUUCACAUUAAUAUUGCGUUCACUUGACCUGGCACUGCUAGACCAUGUGCAAAUGCAACUAAGUCUGAAACCUCUUUGAAACUUCCUUUAUGUCCAAAAGUUGUCAUCAAAGAAUUCAAAGCAAAAUCCCUCUUAUUUCUACAACAAAUCACAACUCCAAGAGUACGACAAGGACAUAAGGACAUGAGGUUUAUUGUAAUUGUAGUCUACAUCGAAACUCAGUAUGGCAUUCAAAAUAAAAGCACUGACUAGGCUGAGCCAGGAUUUCCAGCAGGAUUUUCCGGCGGUUGCUGAUGAGCCUCCAGAGACCCCUGCUGUAACAUGCAUAGGCUGCUAGGAUAGAUAGCGACUUCCAUUGCCCAGUUUGGCGUCAAACACAAUAUAAUACACAGCUGUUUGGUAUGACAUGCUCAGUAGCCAACACUUCCAUUUGUAUGCAACUUCAAAAAACCUCCAGUUUGUUUAAUGCGUGUGUUAAUUUAAAACCUUCAACAGUAAAAGAAGACAUUUUGGUUGUUAGCAAGUUGAACUAUUUUGUCUUCAAUCAUAUAAAGCACACUUCAUAUUAUUUAACCAGUUGCGAUCGGCUUUACCAGAAACAGGCCUAAAGCAAUGACAUGAGCUUUAAUGAUCUUCUAGCAUUCUUGAAUUUUUGGUUCACUUCCUGUAUGUGAGCACAAAGAAACUUCACACACAACACUUCCUAUAACUUUUUAGACUAUAUGGCUACAGCUACAAACAAAAACACCACAAACCCCCAUUGGCAUUCAUUCAGUCGUUCAUUUCAGGCCGGGAUGGGAAGCUAUUAACAAAGCUGAUUGGCUCAGUAGGCUGAAUCCAAGCAUUGACGGAGUUGCAGGACAACAAAACCAAAACAAUGAGCUGAAAGACGCUAAAAUAAAAGAUGCUAAGCUACUCUGUUAGAGCCAAAUAUAAUUGAUGACAGUUUAAAAGGAAACUCUGUCAUAUAUGAGUGACUUAUUUUCUCCACAUGCAAAAUAAUUUGACCCAUUGUUGGUAUAAAUGUUUUGAUUAUAUCUGCUUCUGAAAUAACUAUAAAGUGGUGCAAUGAAUGGAGACAUUUGAAUGAUGUUGAGAUAUAUCAACUUUUUCUCUAACUGUUAUUGUAGGUGAUGUGACUGAGAGCAGAAUUCAGACAUGACUGAGGAGGUUUUUAAAAAAAAAAGUUUUUAAAGUCUGAAUUAUCCGCUUGUAUGUGUAUAUUUUUGUAAAAAUGUUUUUCUGCAUAUAAAUUCAGAUUCAUAUGAA